GGGCACCAAAAACAAAGCUCCCCGUAACACCAAGGAAUACCCAAAGGUUCGUGUGCUCAUUUCAGAGAAAAAGUGGAAUAUUUGAGCAUUCAUAUUCUUAUACUUGCAUCGUCAUCGGGGCGUAAUAAUAAAUACCUUAGAAAAAUAUCUCUUUAUUACAUGAUUUCUUUCUCGGACUACACCUGUGUAAAUUUUGUGGUACCGAUAAUAAAUAAAUAAAUUGUAUUGUAUUGUAACCCCUUCCCACACCUUUAGGAUCAUUCCGCCGCCCCUUAAAAUCCACCCCCAUUUCUUUCCACGAUUUGUAUUUGAGACAGAGAUUAGGAAACCGAAUUUCCCGCAAUAAAAAUGGGUUUCCUGUGUUAGAGCCCAGGCCUCCGUAAUUAAUUUCGGUCAAUAUGGCGGACGAAAAGAAAGAAAAAUCUUUGGAACUAGAUAGUGCUAUUUCUAGUUUCUUGCUAUGGUGCCACGACAACGAUCUAAAGCUCAACAAUAAGGUUGCUGUCAGACUAAGAGGCUCGUGUCAUCGCUAUGGCAUGGUUGCUAUGGAAGAUAUUUCCCCUGAUGAAUGCCUAUUUAAGGUUCCACGUGGACUUCUUUUAGAGCCAAAAACAUGUGGAAUUUCAAAGAUCUUAACUGGGAAAGUAAUACAAAAUAUGCUUAGUCAGCAUGAGGGAUCCAGCUGGGUCCCCUUAUUACUGGCUCUCAUGUAUGAAUACACCAAUCCCACAUCACUAUGGAAACCAUACAUGGAUAUUGUUCCUGGAAUCGAUAUUCUUGACCAGCCCAUGUUCUGGCCGGAUGAGACCAGGCAGUCAUUGUUGCAAGGAACAGGUUUUGAGGAUGAUGUUGAGGAUGAUAAACAACGUAUCGAAAGGCAGUACUUCACUGUGGCAGUACCAAUAAUGAAAAAGUUUAAAAAGUUUUUUGACCUGAAAAGACAUUCCCUUUCACUGUACAAACACAUGGCCGCCUUCAUCAUGGCUUAUAGCUUUACUGAGGAUAGCCCUAGUUUCCAUGGUAACAAUGUUCCUGUCAUGGUACCCAUGGCAGACAUUCUCAAUCACCAUAGCAACAACAAUGCAAGACUUGAGUUUGGAGAGGAAGAACUUAGCAUGGUUUCCACCCAACAUAUUCUGAAGGGAGGGGAGGUGUUUAACACAUAUGGGCAGCUUGCUAACUGUCAUCUGCUUCAGUCCUAUGGAUUUGUGGAGGGCCCUGACAACCCAAACGACACAGUUGAAAUCCCCCUGGGUCUUUAUCUUAAAGUGGCAAAAGAUGAGAAGCAAUCAAAGAGCCAAGCAAGGAUCAUAGAUUCCAAAUUCCAGUUUAUGGAGGAAAUUGGGCUUGUCUCGGCCAAUGAUACCCUUGUCUUUGCUCACGAUGGAUCUUAUGUAGACGGACCAAGCCUGCAGUUGUUUCUCCAGAUUCUUCAUCUUGACCAAGGCGACAUGAGAAAGUUGUCCUCUCCAUCUAGCCUCGGGCAGGAGCCCCUAUCUGACGUGUACCAUCUGGUAUCUCAACUUGAUGACGAACACAGAGAAUUCUGGAAUAAAAUUCUCCAGAAUGUGGUCAGCGAAGUUGGUGAUGGGGCUGAUGGAAGAGGUUGUGGUCAAAAUGACGAACGUUUUGGCGAGAAACGGGGAAGAAGCUGUUUCAAAGCAGAGGAACAUUUUGAAACAGAUAAAGACAAUGAUGUUUUUGAUACAUCGAAAAGAAGAAAGAAUGCUUAUACGAAAAAGAAUCAUAUUUAUGAAAAGAAUGGUGAUGAUGCCGAAAGUGAUAAUGAUGAUGAUGAAGAUAAUGGUGAUAAUGGCAAAGUUUAUUAUGGAACUGAUGGUGAAGAAGCUAACGAUGAUGCUAAUGAUUAUAGCAGUGAAGAUGACAUUAACAGUGACGAUGAAGAUGGUGAUAGUGAAGAUGAUGGUAUGCCUGAGAAAGAUCAACGGAUAUCUUACGAUGAACUGAAGCAGUUUCCUGACUCGUGGAGGAGAACACUUAAAAGGGUUGCUGACGAGUACAAACUCAAGAAUUUCAGCUGGCGUGAUUUAAGCGAACUUGAUCGCAAACCAAAUCUUUCCAGGCGUGAACAGUGCGUCAGACAGAUACGGCAAGCGCAGAUACUGGUCUGUCAAAAGAUAUGUGACCUCAUAACGUAGACCAGUAUAUACAUCCUAUACCUAUCCGGGCAAACAAUAGAAACUGCAGGUACACAAGGGCUUGCAUAUAUUGUGCUAGUCAUCCCUCUAUACUACUAGUAGAAAAAAUAUGAAAGGAGGGGCCUAUAGUGGCGGACCAUUAGAAAAGUGAAAGGGGAGGGGGGGAUGUUUCAGCCUUUUCUAAUAAUCCGUCCUCUAGGUAUUUGAGGGGGGAGCAAUAGGAUUUUUUCAUUCACGAUAUUUUAAGGCCAGAAAAUGUUUUUGGUAUUUUUUUUAUUUACAAAAAAGAGCAUUUUUUAUCUGUAGAAGUGCUCUGGAAGCUGUGCUCUCAUUCUUUUAUGUAAACCCCUUCCCCCAAAAAAUAUAACUAAUAGCGAGAAAGGACACCGUAUUUGAGAAGUUAAUACCCGUGGAGCGGACUUUCGUUUGACGAAUCAGUUUUAGUGCGAAAAAAAAAAUGAGAUGUGCUUUUAAGGAAAAUAAUUCCGCUUGAAUCACUUUGUUAUUCCACCUUUCCUUUUUAAUAUAAAACGGCUUCUGUCUAGUGAUUGGUGCCUAAGCGACCUACUUUCUCUCCAGCUGCCACUUUAGAAAUAUAGUCCCAAAAAUACUUCCUUUUUGCUAAAAUGAUGUAUAUAGAUGCCUCAAAAAGGGCAACAUGUGCAUUAAUAUAAUAGCGUCAAGUAAGUCCUGAAUUACCUCCUAAAAUAGGUAAUGCCACCACUAUAUUGGUUAAGGUGUAUUGUUUACCGUAGUUUUAUUAAAGGGAAACUCUGGGAUGUUUACUUGGCUUAAAAAAUCCGCUUGGGCAUCGGGGCCGAUACCACAUGUGGCGUAUAUUUAUGCUGGUAUUCUACAGUGUACAUUAGCGGAGCAGCUAUCGUCUCCUUCUGGGAUAUCUACAAUAUUAAAAAUGUGGUAUCAAAUCCAAAGCCCGUUUACUUUUACUAAAUAAAUAUUUGUAUCUUUUCGUUCAAAUUUUUCAGUUCAAUUACGUGUAGGCAACGGCAGAACAGACCCCUCCCUAUCUUGUCCCCAGAGAAACCAUGGAUGAAAAUAAGCUUUGCGAAUUCAAGCGUAUACCCCCCUUCUUUGUCUAAUCUAGGAGUCGCUUCUAUUACAGCUGUAGUUACUGAUAAAAUAGCGCUUUAAUCAAGGUUUAUAGGAAAUUUUAAUAAACGUGAGCUUGGGGUGUAA